AAAAAUUUAAUUUCUAUUUUUGCAACAUGGGAGCAGCCUCAACAAGAAGAGGGAGUUGUUGAAAUCCGUGAAUAUGACUCCAUAGGAAUGAAGACCAAUCAGAUCCUUUUGCCACUACACUACAAGGCAAUAGAAUGCGAAUUACAAAAGGAAGUAUAGUUAGGAAGAAACCACUUCAAGAAAUAGAGCAAAUUAACAUUGAAAGCCAUGACACAGUUAAAUAUUACAAUCAAGAGAAUCAUGAAUUGAGAAUGCAGACCUCUCCAGAUACUAAAUAAACCUUUUGAGAAAGAAAAUAUAAACACCUGAAAUAAGACUAAAGAGUCUGAAUAUUGAACUAUGAACAGAAGCGAAAGAGCAUUAUCAACCUACCCUGCCCAGAAAGAGUCUCUUUGAUCAAAGAUAAUAAUAACUCCUACUAAGAGUGAUGCAUGUCUUUCUGAGUCAGAUGAAGAUAAUGACUUUAAUUUAAAAGAAAAUUACACUCAGAAUCUCCAUGAAGAUGAGAAAGAGUGUUAUAAUCUCGAGCUAAGCUCACUUGUAGAUGCCAAGUCUUAUCAGAACGAAGUUCUAGACACUUAUGAGAAUAGGUCAACUAGUCAAUUCAACCUCUGCAAAGAAACUGAAGAAAUCCCUGAAAUCAAAGAUCCAGUUAUUAUCCCUGAAGAAGAUUCUCAAGGGAUGGAAUCUAGCAAAAUUCUUGAAAAUUCAGUAAUGCUUAAAGGGUCAGACACACUGACCAAUAAUCUAGAUCCUAAUAUGCUGCUUAGUUUUUGCAAAACUUUAGACAAAUGUGGAGACACAUAUGAUGAUUAUAACAAACUUCAAUGCCUUGAUUCUUCAAAUAUCUCAAAUAUAAUUUCCCCUUCGCUGAACCUCAAUACUUCGGAAAUCCAGAAGCAACUCCUCUUUUCAACACAACAAAACUCAGUUAAUCCGAAUGAAAGUAGACUUCUUGAGAAAUUCUCUGAGUUCAACCAUCCUCAACUCGAUAGCCAUGAAAGUUAUAUGUAUCUUCAAAACCAAAACAGUUUCCUUGAUGAAGAGAAAUCAGAAAAGCAGCCAAAGAGUGCUAUAGUCAACUUUGAAGAAACUGUCAAUAUCAAACUUGGCACUGUUCAACUACAGAAAGAGAAAGGACCAUUUAAAGUAGAUCUAUCUGUUCUCCAGACAGAGCAUUGGUACACAAGUUUUGGGAAAACACUAAAGCAGUUAUGAAACCCUCAUGAAAGAAUAUUGAUCGAAGGAGAGCUUCACAAAUAUAAACCUGGGAUAGAUAAGAUGUACAUUCCUCGUUGGUGCCAGCUCACUAAGACUUCUUUCAGAGUCUACAAAAAUCAAGUAUCUGCGAAGGGAUUUAACUCUAAGCCUCUCAUAGCUCUUCCGCUAGAAAUCUUCAAAGGAGUAAAAUAAGGCCAGAUUUAGUGUUCCAGAGAAAGGAAAGCAUCUGAAAUUCAUAAAAUCUCUUAAGAAGAAUCAAUUUGAAAUACUCUACAGAGAUGAUAUUCUAGACUUGAUCAUGAAGAACUUCCUUCAUUCCAAAAUAAACGAAAGACGAGAUGAAGAUAAUAUUAUUGAGCUACAAGACGAUGAUGAGUUCGAAGAGAAAAUCAGCAUCCUCAAAGAUAAAAUCACUUCUAAUGAAGCUUUUAAGGUCAGUGCAACCAUGGAGACCCUUAACAUUCCUUCAACUUGGAGCAAUAGAGAAGGUGAAUGGUUCUGUGCAGAGAAAAGAUUGAUGUUUAGUACCCAAAAGAGCACUGAGAGGAAUAACUGGCUAAAAAUUCUUAGAAAAUAUUUAUAAAUAUUCAAUAUA